AUGGCUUUAGUCUUUAGAACAGCAAUGCUGUCGGUUGGACUUUUCUCAUCUCUGCUGGGAUGGGCUUUAUCUUGCCUUACAAACUACUUGCCAUAUUGGAAGAACCUCAACCUGGAUUUAAAUGAAAUGGAAAACUGGACCAUGGGACUGUGGAAAACCUGCGUCAUCCAGGAAGAAGUGGGGAGACAAUGCAAGGACUUUGAUUCCUUCCUGGCUUUGCCGGCUGAACUCAGGAUCUCCCGGAUUUUAAUGUUUCUGUCAAAUGCGCUGGGGUUUUUGGGCCUGCUGGUCUCGGGGCUUGGCCUGGACUGUCUGAGAAUUGGAGAGAGACAGCAAGAUCUCAAGAGGCGACUGCUAAUCCUGGGAGGAAUUCUGCUGUGGACCUCAGGAGUCAUGGCCCUCAUUCCAGUCUCUUGGGUUGCCCACAUCACAGUCCAGGAGUUCUGGGAUGAGAACAUCCCAGAGAUUGUCCCCAGGUGGGAGUUUGGGGAAGCCCUCUUUCUUGGCUGGUUUGCUGGGUUUUCUCUUAUGCUAGGAGGGUGUCUGCUUCACUGUGCAGCCUGCUCGGCCUCAGCUCCUGGAGCUUCAGCCCGAUACGCAGUGGCAGAAAUACAAGAUCAUUGCAAACACCUGGAAAUGAAACACACCAACCUGGAACUCUAA